CACCUUGGUCCCACCCUCCCUGUAUCUGCCCUCCCUUCUUUACAAGUGCUGAGUUUAUAAGUGAGCAGCAGCAACAGUUGGCUCAGUGUGUUGAGCUUUACAUAGUGAAGGGGGUGAAGACCGGGAGGGAGACACAAGGGGACGGAGCACUUUGACUAUGCAGAGCAGCAGGAUAAAAACAGGAAAAUUGAAUUGCAGAGAGAUUUGAUACUACCGGAUACUUUUCCAGACUCUUCCUCCUGUGCACAGCUCCAGUUUGCCCAGCCGUGUUUACAGGAACAUCACACUUUGCGAGCUCCAUUAUGUGUGUGUUCAGGGUCUGGCGUGUGCUGUGUGUGCUCUGCUACGUGGGUGCAUCCUUGUGCAUGAACAGGGUUGAGUAUGAGAUGAAUUAUGCAGACAACUAUGACAAUGAGAUCUCUCAGGACCAGCAGGAGGGGGGGUCUCCAGCCACCCCAUGCCAAGCUGCAGAUUUAUCCCGCUGGGACAAGCUUUUCAUCGCCCUGGAGGACUCCCACAUGAGGCAGAACAUGCUGCUGGAGGCCCUGGAGCAGUGCUGUGGAGGAAUGGCCUCAGUCAGGGCCCAGGUGGAGAGGCUGGCCCAGGGGACCUGCAAGCAGUGCAUGCCCAGCCUGCAGUCAGCUUGCCGUGGGCAGAUGGAGCAGGUGGGCCUUGUGAUGCAGCGGAGCCUGGUGGAGCUCAGGGACGAGGCUACAGAGAGGGAGGCGAGGUUAAACUCUACCUUACACCAGCUCUUGCAGGGCGGCCACGAGCAGAACGCCAUGCUGAAGCGGCUAGAGGAAAGUAGCAGAGCGGAGGCGUCAGGUGGGGGCCAGCCAGUGGGAUCAGAGCACAGCGGGAUUGGACCAACGACACAGAAGCCCGGAGGGUCAGGGCCUGGACUUGGCUUGGGGGUGAAGCCGUUCCCAUCAUCAGGCCUGAAGGAGCAGGAUGUGACAUCGCCGCUGGACAUGGCCAAAAUGGAGAGGGCCCUGGUUGCCAUAGCAACGGAAUUGCAGAAAGUGAACGGGCAGCUGAACAGACUGAUGGAGCGUGUGGGAUGAUUGAAGAAGGAGUAGGAAAAAGAGGGAUAGGUGAUGAGAUGGUCAUUCAUUAUUUUUGAUCUCUGAAAUAAUAAUAAUAAUUUUGCACUUUUUUCCUGAAGUUUAAAGGGCCUGUUUUAUACUGUGUGAGUUUGUUUUUGUCUACUGGAUAUGAAUACAAAUGUAUUAUAAAUGCUGUGGGUUUAUUAUAAUGAAUAAAAGCUAAUUCAACAAGCUAA